CACUGACAUUACAUCUGUCAUGAAUUAAAACACCAAUUUCACAUUAAUUAAAAUUAAUUAAGCAAACAUCUCCUUCUCAUUGUGUAGUGCCAAUCCAUCAUGUCUUCUUAUCUCUAUCUUUUGAUCAUCAUAUGGGCAGCUAUGGCGGCUCCAACUCGGACGGGAUCGGAGCAGCUAACUUCACUGACUCGGGAGCUGUUAAACUUAGCGAGGGAGCCGCAGUUCUUCGAGUGGUUGAAGGGGAUAAGGAGGAGAAUACACGAGUACCCAGAGCUGGCUUUUGAAGAGUUCAAGACGAGUGAACUGAUACGAUCGGAGCUUGACUCACUUGGGAUUAAAUACAGGUGGCCGGUGGCCAAGACUGGCGUCGUGGCGUCGGUUGGGUCAGGGGUGGAGCCGUGGUUCGGUCUAAGGGCUGACAUGGAUGCUCUUCCCAUUCAGGAAUUGGUAGAAUGGGAGCAUAAGAGCAAGAACAAGGGAAAGAUGCAUGCUUGUGGCCACGAUGCUCAUGUCACAAUGCUACUUGGAGCUGCUAAAUUACUUCAAUAUAGGAGACAUAAAUUAAAGGGCACAGUUAAGCUUGUCUUCCAACCUGCAGAAGAGGGUUAUAGUGGCGCAUACCAUAUGUUAAAAGAGGGUGCUCUUGAUAAGUUUCAGGGCAUUUUUGGGUUACAUAUUUCACCAGAAAUGUCCACUGGACAAAUUGGUUCGAGACCAGGUACUAUUUUUGCUGCUUCUGGGAGAUUUGUGGCCAUAAUUAAAGGAAAAGGUGGACAUGCUGCAUGGCCUCAAGAUUCUAGAGAUCCAGUUCUUGCUGCAUCUUUUGCCAUCCUUGCACUCCAACAAAUAAUUUCUCGAGAGACAAAUCCUCUCGUGGCUAGAGUAAUCUCAAUUGGGUUCACUGAGGCAGGAAAAUCACUAAAUGUAAUUCCUGAGACUGUGAGAUUUGGAGGCUCUCUUCGCAGCACAACUAAAGAAGGUUUUUAUUUCCUUCAACAAAGAAUCAAAGAGAUCAUAGAAACUCAAGCAGCAGUUCAUAAGUGUAGUGCUACAGUGGAUUUUAUGGAGGGAAAAAUGAGGCCCUAUCCAGCACUUGUUAAUGAUGAAGAAAUGUAUGAACAUGGAAAGAUGGUUGGAGAGUCUUUGCUUGGAGAACCAAAUGUGCAUCUUGUUCCAAUGGCGAUGUUAGCAGAAGAUUUCAGCUUCUAUUCAGAGAAGAUGGCAGCUGCAUUUUUCUAUAUCGGAACAAAGAAUGAAACUAUUGAAGAGGUUCACCGAUUGCACUCACCCUAUUUGGUUAUUAAUGAAGAUGUUCUUCCCAUUGGAGCAGCUCUCCAUGCUGCGGUAGCCAUCUCUUACUUGGAUAACAAUGUUGUUGAAACUCAGUAG